AUGACGCCCGCCAACCCCGGCCUGAAGCACCUGUCGAAUGCCCUCGCCACUCCGGACCAGCUCUCAAACACCUCCUCGUCGAUUGAUGGUGUUCCGACGGACUUGGAAACGUCGAUCCGCUGCGCCGGUGCUCAGCUCACACAGGCCGCAGGCAUCCUGCUACACCUGCCGCAGGAUACCAUUGCGCAGGCCAUCGUGAUUUUCACGCGCUUCUGGCUUGGAGCAGAUGGGGGUAGCCUACGAAUCUAUUCGGCCAAGGAUGUAUCAGCCGCCGCCCUCUUCCUCACAGCCAAGCUUUCCUUCAACCCCACCUCACCACGCUCUAUCCUAAAUGUCUACAACUUCCUCCUUUCACAAGAAGUCUCACCGCUAUGGUUUGUCAACCCGCGCGGGGCACCCAGGGAGCCCCCGCCCUCAGAGAGCUAUAUCCUCACCGAAGGUGGCUAUCAAUCGGCACGAUUGGUCCUGAUGCGCAUCGAAUCCGUCAUCCUACGCACCCUGAGCUUCGACACACAUGUCGCGCUCCCCCAUACCAUCGCCCUCACCUACCUCCAAACACUCGGCGUGACAAAAUCCGCAGUGGCCCGCCGAACCGUCGAGCACCUUAACGCUACACUAUUCUCACCCCAGCUACUAUACGUGACACAUCAACCAAAUGCCCUGGCAGUAGCGGCCAUAUAUCUUGCAGCGCGCGAAGAAGAGUUCAAGUUAGUUGACGGUGAAUGGUGGGAGGUAUUUGAUGUUGAUAGAGAAGAGCUGGGAUUUCUCGUGGUUGGCAUGAGAAGUACCGAAGGCUUCAUGCGCGCGGAAGUAGAACAGUGGAGAAAUAGGCCGAUUCCUUUGGUGAUUGAUCAGGUUGACGCGGAGAUAGAUCGCAGGCAAAAUAUGAGAGAAGGCGAGUGA